AUGACUGAAGAAACGAGCGAUAAUGAACAAGAACCCACUACAAGUACCGAGCAAACAAAAAAACCUCCUAAACGGGGUAUUAUUUACUUAUCUACUAUUCCUCCAUACAUGAACGUUUCAAAAAUAAGAGAAUUUUUUAGUGAAUAUGGUACUGUAGGUAGAAUUUAUUUACAACUGGCAGAUAAAGAUGUGCCAGAAAAAGGUAAAGUCAAAAAGAAACGCAGAGUAGCACACAAAUUCACAGAGGGCUGGGUGGAAUUCGAAAGAAAAUCCGUUGCUAAGAAAGUAGCAGCUUUUCUUAACAGCACACAAGUGAGUGGUAGGAAAAAAUCUAAACAGUAUGACCACAUGUGGAACAUCAAAUAUUUAUCAAAUUUUAAAUGGACCCAUUUACACGAACGAUUAGCUUAUGAAAAAGCCGCUAGGAGACAGAAAUUGAGAGCAGAGAUCGGGUUGGCAAAAAAGAAGAGUAACUUCUUUACUGCAAACAUUGAUAAGGGAAAAAAGAAGAAAAGCAGUGUUAAUAGGGAAUAUGAAAAUUUGGAACAAAAGAGUGAAAUGGAUACUGCAGAUACGGAGACUGUUGAUGAUAGGAAGGAAUUUUUGCAGUCCCUUUUUGAUUAA